UGGCCCUUUUUCAGUGGUGACUGAUGGCUCAUCACUGCGGCUUUACUGCCAUUACCCCAUUUACCUUUCUUCCUUCCCUUCUCUUUGUCACUCCCACAAAAGGGAAAGUUCUUCUUCACGAUCUCUCUGGUUUUCCUCUCCCAAUUCCUGAUUGUAAGUGAUCUCGUUUGAUUUUGAUCGUUUCUUAGCCAAACCCAUCUGGGGUUUUCAAUCUUUUGAUUUCUUUCCCUUUUAGCUUCUGAAUUUCUAAUUGAACCCUUGAAUUUCCAUCGUUAAAUCUCCGGAACACCCAUUUUCCAUUACCACUUUUGCAAGAUGAUGCACGCUAAAUCCGAUUCGGAUGUUACAAGUUUAGCCCCAUCGUCGCCAAGGUCGCCGAAGCGGCCUCUGUACUACGUGCAAAGCCCUUCGAGAGAUUCUCACGACGGCGACAAAUCUUCCACCCAUGCCACUCCGGCCUUCAACAGCCCCAUGGAGAGCCCUUCUCAUCCCUCUUAUACUCGCCACUCUCGCUCCUCGUCCGCGAGUCGGUUUUCCGGUACGUUUCGGGCCGCCCUUGGUCGGAAAGGCAGCCGGAAACGCAACGAUAAGGGGUGGCCGGAGUGUAAUGUGAUUGAAGAAGAGGGGGACUAUGAUGAUCUAUAUGGGGACGAAGGGUUAACUAGGAGAUGCCAGAUUUUGAUGGCUCUGCUUGCGUUUAUUUUUAUCUUCUUCUUGUUUUGUUUGAUCAUUUGGGGUGCUAGCCGGCCUUUCAAAACUGAGAUCAAAGUCAAGAGCAUGACAGUUCAUAAUGUUUAUUUUGGAGAAGGAUCAGACACAACAGGAGUUCCAACCAAAUUACUGACUAUCAACUGUUCAUUAAGGAUUACUGUGCACAAUCCUGCAACUUUCUUUGGCAUUCAUGUCAGUUCCUCCCCCAUCAAUCUAAUGUAUUCCCAGAUUGCAGUUGCCUCUGGCCAGUUGAAGAAAUACUAUCAACCAAGACAGAGUAAUCGAAUCGAAUUGGUAAAUCUUGAAGGGAACAAGGUGCCAUUGUAUGGGGCUGGAGCUAGCCUUGAAGCCCUGGAUAAAAUUGGAAACAUUCCUAUGAUGCUGGUGUUUGAAAUCCAUUCAAGAGGGAAUGUGGUGGGGAAACUGGUAAGAUCAAAGCAUCGAAAGCGUGUCUCAUGUUCUUUGGAGAUUGACUCUCGGAACUCGAAGCCUAUGAAGAUUAAAGCUGAUUCAUGUACAUAUGAUUGAGAGAGAAUCUCCACCUUGCAUCUUUCUCUUCAUUGGAAGGGAAAGAUUCCACCUGUAGGAUCAUACUUUGGUUGUAGAAAUAGGCUGUUGACUUACUUCUUCCUUCUUUAGAUCCAUGGAAUAAUUAAGGGGAAAAAAAAGACCAGUGAAUCAGUUUAUGGUACAUCUACAUACUAUUGUUUUGCCAACUACUUUCCAUACAACAACAGAGCAUGCGCAAUGAUAGUACAAUUAUUUGACCAAAUGAAAUAAUAUGUUCUUUAUACUUCUGACAA